AUGUCUACGGGGCUACCGGACUCAGACCUAGGCUCAGACAUGGAUGUGACAGAAGUAUUAUCACAAAAAUCAACAUCACCAGAAGAUAAUGAAGUCGUAGAAAAAAAUACAGAAGAUCAGGAACAGAAGGAAGAUAACUUGAAUGAGAGGGCUCAAAAACGGGAAAGACAGGAUGAUGAGAAGGAACCAUGGCAAAAAGUUGAAAACCUUAAAAAACCUAAGAAGGAGACAAUAGAAAUAUUCCUUUCGAGUAGCGAAAAACUACCUAAACAAUUUGCCAUUGCAAAGUUACUUACAAUUGCAGGUUUAUUCAAGAUUAAAAAAAUUAAAUAUAUAAAUCAGUACAAACUAAAACUCGAGGUGCCCGACGAGACCUAUGCAAAAAAGGUAAUUGACUGUGAGGAGUUUAAAAAGAAGGAAUGGAAAGUUCAACGAGUUACCGAAGUGGAAAUGUCUUACGGUAUUAUAAGGGGGGUUGACUUGGAGCUAACCGACAGCGAUAUACUUAGGGAUAUCUCCAGCCCUAGUAAUGUCAAGAUUGUAUCUGCAAAACGGUUACAGAAGAGAGGAGAAGGUAAUAAAUGGGUACCCAGCGAGGUGGCUAAAGUAAUAUUUUCCGGAUCGCAACUGCCGGCAUACGUAAAUAUAGAUAACUUACGCGUCAAGGUAGAACCUUUCAUCUUUCCUGCUACACAAUGUUCAAAAUGCUGGAAAUUCGGACAUACUAAAGCCAGAUGUUCAUCGCGAAAUGUUAUAUGCCCCAAAUGCAGCGGUCAACAUGAAAACUGCGAGAUUGAGAUAUUCCAAUGCGUUAACUGCAAGGGGAAUCAUAUGGCUCUAAAUAGAUCGUGCCCAGUUUACUUAAAAGAGAAAAAGAUAAGGGAAUUAAUGGCGGAGUUCAACUGCACAUAUCGGGUUGCUUGCAACAUUUAUGUUGAACCAGAACAACAUGCUCAUAAAGAGAUCCGUAGGGAUAAUAACAUUCAAGAGCACACAUUUCGAUUAAAUACGCACAACAGCUUUAUUGAUUUAGAUCUGGAAGAAACAAGUCCCCAUAAAUACGUACCUAUCUUAUCUUCGUUUGCCCAAACGCUUAAACGUCCUAAGUCACCGCCCGGCAACCGAGCGGUCCCUAGAAACGCAAGUAGCAGCAUCAGCAAAAAUGAGCGGCAACAGUACGAGCGCCCGGCGGACCGCAUUCUAGAGGAAUCAGCUGAUAACACGGAAAGCGAUCAACUAAUGAAUCAAUUCCUCUGA